CACAACCUCCCCAAAAAACAAAAAUGAAAUUGUGUCUUGUGUUUGUUUUAAUUUUUGCAUUUGGCAAUUGUCAAGAGCACCGAGAUGGCAUUGACAAAAUCAUCCGUUUAACUGUGGAACAAUAUAAUGUUCAUAAUCUUUCAUUGGCUGUCGUGGAAACAUUUUCGCUGGAUGUAAACUGCGUUGUAGUGUGGCGUGAAAUGGUUAACAAAAUGAGCCUAAGCAAAGACGAUCGAAAAUCGGCGCAAAUAUUUUUGGAUUAUGUAAAAUAUACGGUCAAUCUUAAGGAAAAAUUGAUGCAGCAAUGGCAUUUCUCGAACGGCAAGAGAUUUGAGAGCUUCGUGUUUUUCUUUGAAAAUCCAGAUAGCUUAACUGAAAAGCAAAUGUGUACGGCAAAUAUUGAAAUUGAAGAGGCGAUUGCAAAAAUAUCCGGAAAACGAAGACACAUUGAAAAAUACAUUUCAAAUGUUGAUGAAAAAUUGAAUGAAAUUAAAGAAGGAAUUUUCAAUUUGAAGAAAAAAAUGACAUCAGUUAAAAUGGAGCCAACAGGUGAUAUCGUGGGAAAACAAAUUGUGGAAAAAUCAUUCAAAAAUCUUCGUGAUGCCGCCAAAAGUGUAAUGGAUGCAAUUACCGGGAAAAGAAUCACAAAGAGCCUCAUGAAUCCGAUGAUGGACGAAAUUGAUGAAGUUCGAAAAAUUGAAGACAAACUUGUGAAAUCAUUGAAUAAAAUCUGCUUUUCGAUUGAAUAAAAGUAAUGGAAACGCAAAUGGAGAUAGAAACAUAUAGUGAGAGAAAUCUCUGAUAACGAGCUAUGUGCUUAUUCUUAUUGAAAGCUACUAUAAAAUUGAAAAGUGUACUAGCUGAAAGCUAUAGUGUGUAAGUAAAUAUUAAUCACAAAAUGUAUUGCGAAUUGUGAGUUGAAAUUCACAUACACGUUCAAAUCUUUAAUUACACAAUUGACUAUUUGCUACCUUUGUUUACUAAAAACGAUGUAUCUUUUACAAUAAAUC